UAUUAUUAUUAUUAUUAUUUGGCUCACAAGUCACAAGGAUGGUUUUAAUUAUUGCGAUGCUUUAAAGAUUAUCAUGUUAAAUAAUGAGUAAAUAGGAGAAAAUAUAAUUUAAACUUGUGGCUGUUAGUCUUAAGCCAUGAUGUUGUUUUAGAUGAAAAUUUUGUUAAAUUGAGGGGCAUUUCAAUAUUUUUGUGAAGCUUUGCUGUUGUGCUUCUUUUAAGAUGCUAAACUACUGCUGUUGUUAUACCUUUAGUUUCGAUUAAUUUAAUUUUGUUACAUGCAUAUAUGUGCAUGUUUAUCUUCAUGUGGAUCUGAUGUGUGCAUUUUCUGGCAUUUAGAGGAUGAUUUUGUAUCUAUUCAUGCUGCAUCACUCUGUAAAGCAAAAUACCUUUUUCCUUUAAUCACUGCUGCACUUUGAAAGAUCAUAACUGUUUAGUGCAGCCUGCAAGAUUCAAACUUCAGGCUGCUUUGCUUGUUGGUGAUUGGAUUAAGUGGCGUAAAAUCGGAUUACAAUCCUUAUUACAUAGAAAUUAUUUACAUAAUGCAUAAUUUUAUAUGAGUUACCAGGAUAAUUAAACCAGUUCUUGCACUUUGAGAUAUCCUAUUAUGCAAAGAUUGUGUCCCUCUCUUUAAUCAGUUCCAUUUACGGAUUUCGAUUUAAAAAAGAACCACUUACCUAUGCGUUGAAGGUCUGGAAAGAGCAAGGGACCACUGACAAAUCUGGAUGGAAGUUUUAACAUGAUGGAGAAGAAAGCAUGCAAUAGCGACUGAUGUUGUUUUUUAUAGGAAUAUAGGAUGUACAUGAAAAAGAAAUAUAACUGUGAAGAUUGGUUCAAGGAUAAGAUUCCUUCUCAGCACAUCUCUGUGAAGGAUGCCUUGAGAUUAUCAAUUAACACAUCCCUUGAAAACCACUUGGGUGUCAAAUCUGGUGUUGAUUUAUUUCAUAAAAAGGACAACAGGGAUAGUCUUGAUGACUCGCACAAAAGUAAUUUAAAAAAUUCUAAUGAGCACCUUUGCAGUGAAUCUGAUUCGGUCAUUCUUAGAACUCUUGAAAGCAUGCUGGACCAUGCCUUCUGCGAACAUUUUGUAAUACCACCAGAAGCCUUAAAACCAUGCCUGCUGACGACUACUUGCUAUAGAAUGCCUAUAUAUAUUGGUGGUAGAUACUUGAAGUUCUCACGAAGGGUGAGCCAGUCGUGCUGGAUAAUUGAUGAUGAGAGAAUGGGUGAAGCAUCCGUUGAGGAGAUAGUUGGGAGCAAUGCUCUUCUUGUCUGUAAAGGUGACAACUACAAAUUUCAUGCUGCUGGCCGAGAAGAUAUUGAUGUAAGGAUGCUAGGAUGUCGCCCUUUCCUAGUUGAAGUUUCAAAUGCACACUGCAUGCCUUCUAUGAUUGAUGUUCAACUAAUUGCGGAAAAGAUAAACAACUCAGACAAAAAUACGUGAGUCAGAGUGCGAAACCUUAAGCUGGUCAAUAACCAAGCAUGGACUCUAAUGCGUGAAGGCGAGGGCAAAAAACAGAAGCAAUAUGCUGCUCUUGUAUGGACUUCUCGUGCACUGACUGAGGAGGACUUGCAUAGCAUAUCAUCUAGAAAGGACUUGGAUAUUAUACAAAGAACCCCGAUAAGGGUGCUUCACCGCCGAAGCCCAUUGGAGAGGAAGAAAAUCAUACAUUGGAUGAACAUUGAGAGAAUUGCUGGUAGCUGCCAAUAUUUUCUAUUGCAUCUUUGUACCCAGGCUGGAACAUAUAUAAAAGAAUUUGUGCAUGGAGAUCUUGGACGCACUCAUCCUAGUAUUGGUUCCAUCUUAGGCUGCAGGGCAGAGAUCCUGCAGCUUGAUGUCACAGACGUGAAGAUGGACUUUUUCGACUGAGUGGGUGAGAGUGCUUCUAAAGCCUGAUUGUCUGGGAUCCUUCCUAUCAGGUUCCUCUGACCAUUCCUACAUGGAGAAAACUGACAGUUAGCCUUCUUGCCCUGCUUGUGAUUGCAAGCCCACUUCCUGACGCCACAUGGUGGGAGGUGAAGUGAGAAGGAAUCACCAAGUUAUUUGAACUGUUAUGCGGUAUUUGCAUGCUCUGAUGAUACUAUUGUAUGGGCAGUUCUCACAUUUGAACUCAUUGACAUGAGAAUGAUCACUAUGCAUAAUCCCUAUUGCUCCCUUUGAUGUUUAUGUUCUGUUUCCCUUUCUGUCGCUCAGAGAAUGUAAGAUGGUGCAAAUUUUGGAAGAUAUUUUGUAAUGAUACGAUUGGUGGAAGACGGUCUGUGUAGAUUUUUCUGUCUGCGAAGAUCUUACAGAUAAUGAGAUACUCAAUGCAACAGCAUUUCUCUCA